CACCGGCCGUCAGUGCUGCAACAGACGUGGUGGUGGGUGCAUACGCUCUCUCUCGAGGGGGGGGGGACUUAACUGAAGUGUCGCGCACGGAUUACAAGAAGAAAAUGAAUUGUGCUUAUAUCUAAUAUAUAAAUAGUAAAAGGUGGACUCGCAGCUGGUCGACAACAUGAGGGUGACGACGUCGGCUGCCGUGUGUGUUACGUGACAUAGUGCCCGCUCCAGUGCAAGGUGUUGCCUCGCCUCACUAGACUUGCAGUGGCCACUAUAUAUAUAAAACACUGAUGUGAUACUUAACAAGCUUCUUUAAACCCGGAUAUUGACACGAGAGAUACAGUUGGACGUUAGGGGUCCAACGUGUGAGAGUUCAUAGGUGUGGGCGUGUUGAGGUCCAGUGUUGGGGCGUGGGGCUGGCGUGUGGGCGUGUGUGAUGGUGGGGUGUGACCGCCGCCCAGGAAGAUGAGUUCGAGCGACGUGGGCGCAGUGGUCGGGGCGGUGCAGUGGGGAGAUGAAGGCUCCUACGUGAGGGAGGUGGCUGCCCGCGGCCCUCUGCCUCAACUGGCGAAGGUCAUCAAAGGUCAGUACCUGGGCGUGGGUGUACCUUCCUUGGCCAAUCCAGGCCUGGCCUCCACCCUCCUCCUGCUGUCCGCGGGGCGUGGACUCCGCAUCGCCGCCCAGUGCGUCAAGUUCAAGGAAGGACGACGCGUCGUUCCCGUCGGCCCGAAGUUAAUCAUCCCAGAGACUUACGACGGCUUCUUCGAGAUCUUGAGUGAGGACGGACGCGCAGUGCGCUGCAUGGAGAGUGUGGCCGAGCUGGCCAAGCGCUUCCCGGACUCCGCCCUCGUGCGGGAGAACAUGAAGGCGUAUGUCUCGCGGUCGGACGAUGUCGACACCAUCACCGACAAGUCCCGGGCGGUGCAGGCGGGCGAGACGCUGGUCUUGGUGGGUGAAGUCAUCGGCUCCAAGAACAACGGCAAAAAUCAACACCGUUUCCUCCGUUGCUUCGACCAAGCGGGACAAAAUGUCUAUCUUCCUUAUGAUUCCCGAGGAAAGUUUUCUGCCAUAGCCAAGGAAGACAACAUCAGCGGCGUGCACAGCAUCCGUAACCUGCUCAACAAGCGGCUGCCGCUGAUGGUCCGCAUGGUGCACGGCCGCCCGCCCGUCGGGGCCAAGGCCGCAGCUCAGUUCCUUCCGGAACUCAGACUUUUUGCUGCUUUCUCAGAGGAGCCGCUGGCGGCGUUACCUCUCGGGAAGGACACGCCGCUCAUUCUGCUCCCUCCCGCAGCCCCGCUCAAGCUGGCGCACGCCCGCAACGCUGACCAGGUGGAGAAGACGAAAGAAUUUUUGAGGCUGUGUGAACGUGCUACAUCCCUCCUGCAGGAGGUGGCAGACAGGAUACACGUUUAUGACGUGUCAAUGGGCAACAAAGGUGGCAUGCGGGAUCCCCGCUUUUCUAACUGGCCAGACCAGAACAAGCACCGCCACAAGCACCACCACCACCACAACCAUCACAGACCGCACCACCGCACCAAAAGUCCUCCCGAGACCAAAUCGGCCGGCGGCGACAACGCUCCUGACGACUACGACGAGAUCGAUCAGAUCUACGACUACGUCCGAGGCUUCGCACCGCUGCCGAAACACAUCAAGUCUCCCUACGCCAGCGAGGACCACUCUGCCCCCAGCCGCAGACAACACCCGCCCCCGCCCGUGUCGCCAGAGAGGGCCGACGUCAGACCGACGCCGCCGCCCAUAGAGACCAUCCCAACACGUCGAGGUGACCAGCGACCUUACGAGAAGCUGUCGCCCUCUGUCCAUCCAGCGCUCAUAUCUGCCGCCUUGGACCGCGCAGCAGAGCGCAGGGUUGAGAAGCGUACAAGAAAAUCAGACGAAAAGAAAGGCGGGAGCCUGCCGCAGCAGCAGCAGCAACAGCAAGUGCAGCAGCCUCAGCAACAGUCCCCCGGGCAGCUGUCGUCACCUGUCACACCGCUGCAGGAGAAUAAGCCAAACAAUAACAAACUGUUCGUGAAGGCGUCGCAGCAGAGGGCGCAGAAGACACGGGUCUUCCGACACAAGUCAGCGUCGCCGGUGAAGGAAGCGCUGAUGGAGGUGGGCAGCGUGGGUCCCGGGGGCGGCGUGGGCCCAGUGGGAGGCGGGUCGUCACCGUCGCCACUCUUCAAGCUGCGCUACAAGUCCCUCACCAACCUGGCCAUGGACUUCGACACGCUGGACUCCAGCACCUCUGGCGGGAAGGGCUCUGCAGACUCCGGAGGCUCGGCAGCCAUCAAGGCCAAAUUGCCAGAAAAACGGAGCCGGAAGUUGACGCGGCCCAAGAGCCUGACGAACCUGGUGUGGGACGGUCGAGGAGCCCCCGGGGACUCCCUGGGACUGAGCGGGACGACGCGGGCGCUGCUGGAGGCGGAGAGGAAGCUGCGGCUGGAGCCCGGCGUGUACCGCCACGCCCGCGAGACGCCAGCCAUGCUCGCCGCCACCUCCAGACUCCUCGCCUCCCAGAAGAAGAUAGGGACGCUCUACUUAUGAGGGUAGAAUUCAAUAGUAGGACGAAGGAUGAGGAGGAAAAUCAAAGCCAUAACUCGUGCCUGGAACACCAGCACCAGCUGCCAUCAGCGGCGCCACGACUGACCACAUCACCCCUACAGUGGGUGUUGCCGAACUCUACGCCACAAGAGAACAAAUCCACAAGGGCCGUGACGGAGGUUCGAACCUGCGUCCGAGAGCAUCCCAGGCGCUGCCAUAUUGCGCCAGGGCAAAAAAAAAACAAAUGUCUCCAUUAACCACUCUCUACCCCUACUCUACAAAUAAAUAUAUAUAUAUAUGAGUGAAACAAGAGUGCAAAAAGAGUGAACAAUAGCGCAAAACAUUGUUCAAAAGAAGCUCCAUGUGUGCUGUGAUUUAAUUAUUUUUUGUUUUUUAAACAAUCCUUUUGGACAAGUCAUAUUUUUUUAUUAAUGUGAAUAUGAAAAAUGUGCGAAGAACGACCAAAUGAAAGCUCUGAAAAUGCAAGAUGAAAAUAGUUUAAUAAAGGAAAUGAUCUUCUCUCCUCUUUUGGUAACCAAAAAUGAGAGAGGUAGUAAAUAAUUACAAUUUUAAUUUAAGAAAAAAAGUUCUCAACAUUUGGAGUAUUUUUAUUAUUCGUUGAGAAGGUACUGGAACAAUGUAUAAAGUUUGGUAUGAAGGUUCGUAAAGUAAUACACUUUGGAGCUUUUACGAGUUUUGGCUAGUGUGUGUGUGUGUGUGUGUGUGUGUGUGUGUGUGUGUGUGUGUGUGUGUGUGUGUGUGUGUGUGUGUGUGUGUGUGUGUGAACUGGGGCCGCACUGGGGGACCGACAGAGAUGCCAUGGAUCACUUCAAGUCAUCUGGCCUGGCCACGAUGCGGGAAGUAAUCACAGAUGGAAUUCUAGUAUGCUUAAAUUACACCAUUCAGAGUGUCUUGUACUUUCUAAAUUCGUAAAAGUUAAUGAAUCGGAUUACAUUUCUCGAGAGUGAACCUCCGGUCAUAGAUUAGAUAUUGCUCUAGGAACCGAAGUAAAAAAAAAAAAAAACUUAAAAUACAACCGGUUAUCAUUUAAAUACAGCCGGCUGUAAUUUAAAUACAACAGGUUAUCAUGUUGAUGGUCCAAACAUCAAUAAAAAUUUAAAAACGUUUAUAGAUUAGUAGAUAAAUAGUACAAAAUAUUACCUACUGUAGACUAGGCUGUCAGAGCAGCGGAACUUGCAGUCUUCCCUCGACUCGUAUCAUAGUAUGAUAACAGAUACAAAAGGUCUCUCAUUCUACAGUAAACAGUUAAUGUUGGACGUGAAGAUCCCUGAGUGAUGUCAUCCAGAUUGAGGCACAGAGUAGGCUUGGUGUGGUGGUGUUGGCCUUGAGGCCUAUCACCGCGGGACGGUUAUUAAGGCCACCGCAAAAACUUGUUGACCAACCAGCAAAUAUUCUUAAGUCCUGAACAUAGUCCAGACUUAAACUCUCGGUGUAUAUACACGGAGAAGCGGUAUAUAUAUAUAAAUCUGUGUAUCUAUUUAAUACGUUACGAAAUGGCGUAUUUAGUACGCUACUUUCAUUAUGUAAACACAAAAAUAAUAAUAUUACAUAUACCAUUUCAAAUAUAUAUAAAUAAUUUUUAGAGUAGAUUAAUGCAAGUUCAGAGAUGAUGCCGGUGUGAGUCGUUCUCUAUAGCAACAAAUGGGAUGCUUCUAGUUGACUCAAAGUAGGCCUACACCUUGGGUGAAGAACCCGUAGAGAAAAUUAUGGACAGAUUGUUCUGACGUCCAUAUGUUUCAUUAUAAAACGGGCGAGCUUGUCUUAGUAUAUAGCCUAAUAGCGUAGCUCUCUAUAGGAGCCUGAAGUCAAGUCGAGAUUUUCCCCAGUGUUCCUUGAUCACUGUGUACUUGCCAACACUCUUGUUUCAGGCUUUUGCGUUGCAAAUAUUUUUAGCCCCAGUGCGGCCGAGUGCAGUGGAGGAGUGUACUGUGUUAUACCAGUGCUUGAUUAUGACGUGAUAUUCGAGAAAUGUCAUUGCCAAUACGAAACUCAACAAUUCCUUGCGUCAUUUCAGUAGUUCGAAAUGAACGUUAGAGGAGAAGAUGGUGUGUAUGGGAAGCCAUGCUGCAUUGUUGCGUAUUCCGCAGUUGUAUGAUAGCCUAUGUAUAAACGCUUGUAUGUAAUAAUGUCUUGUAUUUACUUUGAUAAGGAAUUCUGUCAUAGGAUUAUCAGUAUUUCGUCUAGCGUCUUUGAAUCGCCUGCGGGCUCCAGGACGGUUAUAAAAGGGGUUUUAAGUCUGGCAUUUGGCAGAAUUUGCUAACAAUCCACUCAAAAGCUUUUUAAGCUCAUCUUGCCAUUUUAUUCUUUUUUAUUUUGUUCAUAUUUUCCUUUACUAAUAUUUUGGUCGAAGUUGCGUAAUAUUUUCUACAUUCCACUUCGCGUAAAUAGACGUCCGCUACACUUAUAUAACCUAAAUACAGAACAAGGGUCUUCUUUUGCAUCCAUAACACACUAAAAACAAGUAGAUUCCCGAGGUUUUUUUAAGUCUUUCCUAAUCUUUAUAUGUCAUGAUUUGUGGAAAGGAUUGUCAUCAAAAUAUCACUAGGAUAGUUAAGCAAACAUGUAUCAACCAAGAAAGCUUGAAUUAUCGACACAAAGGCAUUGUAAGAGACCAAAAUCUGAACAGCAUUAUUGGGCAGAGUAAUGUUCUGCUGCUAGCUGUUAUGUUGGCAAUUUGCGGUCGAUGGUCAUGCGACGAUAUCAGAUGUCUUCAGAUGCCUACCUACUAGGCCUAAAGAUUAUAUCAGCGGAAGAAUUUACGUAAACCUAAUCCGUAAAGAAUAGAAGACAUAUUUGGACAAAACUAACAUGGAAUGUGUACCCUUGUAUUGCCACUCUUCAUAGACUUGUGGUAUUAUACAUAGCCUACUUCUACUCCUCAUAGUCUUGUACUAUCAUUCAUAGCCUACUACCGCUCAUAGUCUUGUACUAUCAUUCAUAGCCUAGAACUACUGCUCAUAGUCUUUAACUAUCAUUCAUACCCUAGUCCUACCUUUCAUAAUCUUGUACCAUCAUUCACAGCCUAGUCCUACCGCUCAUAAUCCUGUACUAUCAUUCAAAACCUAGUUCUGCCGCUUAAAUCCACUCUAUACAAACACACAACAUUUCACGUACCAUCUUUCCCCCCAGUAAUCUCACGACACUUACAGUGAGCCCCAGCGGUUCUGACCUUACAUAGUCAGGGGCACAGUUUCUCAAAACUAGCGCCAAGUGCUCCUGCUGUUGCUAGCUUCUAGCUUCCAAUAUUUGCCACACUACAUCUUACGAUUGAUUGCUUGGGUUGCCUGGUAGCUGCCACCGCCCGGAGCCCCUUCUGGUUGUUAGACGGGAAAGACUACCUGGUAUGUGCCUCGAGUGUUGUUGCCAUAUAUUGCGUUCCGUGUAGGAUUCCCCUUUGCCUGGCUUAGGCUUGGAGACUCCUCUUUUUAUAUUUUUUUUCAUUCCGUUACUUAGGGAACAUUUUCAUCGAGUUUCUGGCGAGAUACGUGUGUGUUGUUUUAUGUUAUCACGAUAAAGAUUUUUUUUUUAGUUAAGGAUUUUAAUUUAUGAAUGAUUUACUUCAUUUGAAGGUGGAUUUUCAUGUUAUUCUAAUAUCGAGCUCUGAAGUUCUCGAGUCUGUUACAUAUAAAGCGGCGCAUGCAUAUUAGCAUGAACAAAUCCAGACGUUGUUUUCUAGGUUCUUUGCAUUUGAGUCCCAAGUAAUUACUCUGGUUUAAUUAAGCUCAGUAGAAGUCAGGCUAUCGCUGGUCCGUCAGGGGCUCGUGAGCGCUUAUUCAGCUGCUGUUUGGAAGGAAAUACUAAGUUAAGCUGUGUUUACAUGUGCCCGUUCUUGUAGGCGCGACUUCAUCGCUCUUCGAUCGGAGAACUAUAUAUCAUAAUUUUGGUGUCCACACCGAAGAACACUAUGACAACCCACUUGAUAAAGGAAUAUAUAUAGACUCAUAACCUCCUCCCCUCCCCCCCCCCCACACACAUACACACGCACAACAGUAAAUCAAAUUGUUGUAGAUCUUGCUUCAUGACGUCAUCUCUGGUCGAAAAUCCCAAAGUCAUUCGAAAGUCGAGCCUACACGAACGCCACCUGGAUUCUUCUGACCUUGUGUUUACAGUCCCAUUGGGGGAGACUGGACAGCUCUUGUUUUUGCAAGUCCUUAUUAAUCUUAACAUAAAGAAGAGAUGUGUUCAUCUCGCUCAUUCUUGGUGUAAGUUUUGUCUUACUUAUUUUGUAUUUCUUUAAUUGUAAGUUCAUGCAUAAGUCAGUCGAGUAGGCCAUAUUGUGUAAAUAUUGUAAAAGUUAUUUAAUAAAAUAUUGCUGAAAUGAAA